CUUGGGGGUACACAGAGCUGCUCAGCGUGGCAUCCUUGUUUGAUCCAUGGCGAACCGCGGCGGGCAGCAGCUUAGGCGGGGGCUCGUCGUGGCCACGCUCCUGGCGCUCGCGGGGCUCCUCAUCCUCUCCGGCCUGUCCCUGGCCGCUUCCCUCGUCGGCCUAGCCGUCGCAGCGCAUCUGUUCCUUCUCUUGAGCCCGGUGCUCGUCCCCGCGGCGUUGCUUGGCGAGGGCGGUGCAGAAGGCGGCAAGCACGCCGGAAUACAUGGAGCAGGGGAACCGUCGGGUGAGGGAGGUGGCGGUGCACAAGACGCCGCACGCCCACAGACCAUAAGAAGGCUCAAAAUUACGAGCACUACGUCGCCGGCCGUAAGGUACAGAACGCCUGAAAGACUUUACUACUAUGUAUGCCACUGCGUCGCAUAAUGCCGUAUGUUAUUAUGAACGAAUGGCAUCGCGUGAAUGUGUAUACGCACACACAGCGGCAAAAAUACGAUUUUGUACAAUACACGUGAUCGUAUUUACUAAAAUAGAUAACUAUUUUCUGUAUUUAUGAAUUUAGCACAUAUAUUUGACGCACGGUGUAUCGAAAAUGAAUUUUCGAAGUACGGUGCACCGAAAAAGUCAUUUUCG